UUUUGAGAUUUUAAUUGAUGAUAAUUUGAGAAGGUUUUAGGAAAUUUGAGAUUUAAAACAUAAAUCUUAAAUUUUUUAUCAUCAAUGAUGAUACAGGAGAGAAGAAUGAAAUUAAUCCCAUGACUUAUGCCAAUCUUAACAAAAUUAAACAUUUCCUUCUAACUAAUUCCCCUGUAAAAUUUAUCCCAUUAAAAUUUCAUUCUUAAAUAUUUUCCAGAAUUCCAGAUGUGCCCUGAGAUUAAGAAAAUUUUUCAAAAUCAGAUUAAGCCAACAUACAAUCACCAAUAACAUUUUACUCAAAUAAAUAAUUGACAUUUGAACUACUAUUUUAAGGUGAGGUUUGAAUGUCAUUUUCAACCAAAAUGUGUGUAUUUAAUAUUGGUUUAUAUGAUCAUCAAUAUCUUUAUAAAAUUUCCUGUUAAUCCUAUCCUACGUAAAUUAAAUUGUUAAUAUGUGUGUGCCAAUUGCUGAGGUGGGCUAGAAUUUUUUUUUCUUCUAGGGCCUAAUAACCAAAAAAUAUAUUACAAUUAUAUAAUUUUAUUAUUUUUUUAUAAAUUUUAUUAUAGAAAAAUUUAAGUUUUGUAGAAUAAUGAUAGAGCUGCAAACCUAUUCACAGGCCAAUUGUCUGUGAAUUAUGCUUGAGAAUUACGGUGAAAAUAAUGGUAGAAAAUUAAUAUAAUUUUGAUAAGAAAAUUAAAAUAAAUGGUCAUGCUUGUAAUGUUUCAAUAAUUUCAUUUUGAAAAAAUUACUUGAUAACUUUUAUGAAUAUUUAUAAAUAUUUUAAUGGUCAAAUUACAUGUAAUGAUAAAAAAUUGUGAAGUCCAUUAUGUGAAAAUUACUUAAUAAAUUUUAUGAAUAUUUACGCAACGAAUAAAAAAUGAACAUUUACUCAAUGAUCUCAAAUAAUAAAAAAUUCUCACAUGGUGUCUAGGUUGCACUAAAACAGACACGGACACGGACACGGACACGACAUGGGUACGGGAAAACGCCAACUUAAAAAUGGCGGACACGGGGACACGAAAAUGGUAAUAUAAUAAAUAUAUCAAAUUAAAGAUAAUUUUACAAUCUUUAUUAAUUUAUUCUAGACAAAAACCAUUCAAAUUCAAAAAAUUUCCAGAAAUACCCACAUCAAAUUUAGAAAUCCCAGCUUUGCCAACAAUUCAUACUAAAAUUCCCUUUCUAGAAAAAAUUACCUCAAAUUCCCCACAAAAUUAAGUGAUUCUUAUUCUUCUCUAAAUUUUGUUCUUCUAACGUCAAAACUGCAAACCAUUUUUUUCUGUGAAAAUAUCAGAAAAUUUUGAAGAUUAUUCAAAAUCAGAAAAGGAAAAAAACCCAGAAAAAAUAAAAUUAAAAUUGAUUUCUUCUCCAUUAAAGGAAAUAAACCCAGAAAUUACCAACAGAUUAAGAAGAAAAAAGAAGGGAUCGAGUAAGAGUUUAUCUGACCUUGAAUUUGAAGAACUUAAAGGGUUUAUGGAUUUGGGUUUUGUUUUUUCUGAAGAAGAUAGAGAUUCAAGGUUGGUUUCAAUCAUUCAUGGGUUGCAAAAAUUAGGAAAAAAUGAUGAUAAAAUUGAAAAUAAUGAUAAUAAAUGUGGUAAUAAUUCAUCAAUAUCAAGACCAUAUCUAUCAGAAGCAUGGGAAGUAACGGAGAAGAAAAGAAAGGAAAAUAGUUUUUUUUAAAAAAACGUGUCCUUGACUGCUUGCCGUGUCCUUUUCGUGUCCUUGCUGUGUCCUUGCCGUGUCCGCGUGUCCGAAAAAAUAUUAAAAUAUUAGACACUUCAUUUGGCGUGUCGGACACGGAUUUUCGCGUGUCCGUCGCGUGUCCGUGUCCGACACGGAACACGGUACAGUUCAGAGAAGUGUCCGUGUAUUCCAGCAUGGUGUCACUAGAAAACAUAUAAAAGGGCCACAUGAGGACUUAUUUAUUAAGAGUAUCAUAAGUAUGCUUAAGUGUAAUGACCGGCCUCAUAAUAAUCUUUCUAAAUAGAGUAAGUGGCCAACUAGGCAAUGAAAAUGAAGGGUUUUGAUACUCCCAUAUUUGAUAAUCCUAUUGGAAAGGAACCUAAUCACUACGACGUUUUGAUUUAGGUAAUGUAAGAUUUUUGAUGUGAUUUGAAACAGAAUAUAAAAUGAUAAAAAAAAUAAUAGUAUAUUAUUAUAGUCAGUGUUUUCGUUCCUAAAUGUUAUGAUUAGGGUUUAAGAAGGAUUUCAGCAGGACAAAACAAGACCAAAAUUGAGGCUAGUAAUCCGAACUGCAGGAAAAUAAAUAACACACAUAAAGACAUUAACAUUAAACAAGUUAAGGAUAAUUACUGAUGGUCUAGAAUAAUUUUAUCUCUAGUUAAGUUUUUGUGUAACUAUCUCGCGUUAUUAUAAAGCUUAAAAUAAAAAAAUAAUUAUUUGUUUUAAAUGAAAAUAUUAUUUCAAAAAUAUAAAAUUUUAAGUAUUAUAAAGAGAGAAAUUUUUUUGAACAAGUCGGACUUCUACCAAUUGCUUGGUAUCAUUUCUAUGAGAUUUGAUAACUUAAAAGGUUUUUGAUUAAUGUUCUGGAAUUUAGAAUCAAUGUAGUCCAACCAAUAUUUUAAAGUCAUUUAUAAGUCAAUAUUAUUUAAUCACAAUAAGGAAAAAUAAAUUUUUAUAAUCGAAAUUUGUAUAAAUUUUUUAUAUGAAUUGUUUUGGAAUUUAGAAUCAAUGUAGUCCAACCAAUAUUUUUUUAAUCACAAUAACAAAAAAUUUAUUUUAAAAACUGUUUUUGGAGUUGCACUUCAAGGUAUGGAUUGAUAGUUUUUAAACUUCCUAGGUGAAGGAAUAAUAAGACUUAAAUUAGAGACUUUAACUCUUGGUACAAGAGUUUUAAGCCUUAAAAUUAAUAUUUUAAUGGUUGGAGGUAGGAAAACUUUUUUUUUUUCAUUUAAUGUUAAGAAAUUAAAACUUGAGUCAACCUAUAUUAAACCGUCUUAUGGUGAUAUGUUAAUAAAAAAAUUUUUAUUGAAAAAUUGGAAAAAUAAGAAAGGGCUCAGAUUUGAUGAAACAAAAGCCAAUGAUCAAUUGUUGACAAAUCUACUUUCGGUUGGAAAUUGGAAUAUCAUGUUCUAAUGUGGCCACUAGAGCCUACUUAAAAAAUUUAUAGGGCAUGUGUAAAAUUUUUAUUUUGCGCUUUGUUUAUAAUAAAUAUAUAUAUUUUAUUAGUAAAUGUAAUAUAUAUAUAUUUUUUUGAUUGACGUUUGAUAUACGGGAGAAUAAGAAGGCCCUAUACAAUUAAUCACCUCGCACACCCUUACAUACCUCUCUUAUGGCCACCAGCUAGUAACCAAAAGAGUCAACAUCAUGGCCAAAAAAGAAAGGGUAAGGAAUAAAGGCACAUUAACAAGUCCAUAUACAAGCCCAUUAUUAUAUAGUGAGAUGUCUUAUUUAAAAGUUUUCUUUAAACAACUGAUCUUGGACAAGACGACCUUAUUAUGAGACUAUCAAUUUAGACCAGGUCAAUUUGCAUGUGUAACAACUUUGGUAUUUUUUUAUUUUUUGUGCAUUUUUUAAUUUUUAUCUUAAAAGGUAUCAAUUUUGACCUUAAAGGUAUUAAUUUUCAAAAUUGAUAUCUUUAAAGUCAAAUUGAUAAAUGCCUAAAAAACAAAAAAAAAAAUUUAAAUAUUAUUACAUGCGCCUGAAAUGGGACGGCCCACAUUUCGUUUUAACUUGCGACGGUCUUUAAAAUGUUAAUUCAAAAAUAUAUUUUACUGGUAGUUUUAGCAAACACCUCAUACAUGACUUAUAUAAUUUGUUUAACUUUUAAAAACAGUUAAAAGCUAUCAACUAGUCAAACAAAUCAACUAUACUAACUAACAACUAAAUGUCAAGUACCUUUUUGAUUUUCGGUUUAUAGUGCUCAAUGUUUCACUUAUCUGUCAGUUUGCUAUAUGUUCUAAACGAAGCAUUAUAGGAGUAUCAUGUUUAUUAUUUUUCUAAUUUUAAAAGUGACCUUAUAUUGAGCAUUUUCAUACACUUAUUUAAUAGAAGUAUAUUUUUUUUUUCUUAUCAUGAAAGGCGUUUCAAUUUUAAUUUCAUUAUUACCCAAAUAAAACCAUAAAAUUAUUCCAUCUCUCUAUAUAUAUAUGGAGAGUUUGUGGCUCAAUAGAUAGAGCAUUUGUACGUGGAGCAGAAGGUUUGGAAUCUGACCCCUACUAAGCGCAAGUAUCAGUUAGGAGGUUUCUUAACAGCGCGCAUUUCUCUUUACUCCCUCAUUGGGGAAAUGGGUAUGAUGUGUUUGCAUCUCUUAAGAAAAAGAAAAACCCCUCACCUGGAUCCUGCCUUGUGCGGGAUACUGAGAGUGUCCUUUACCUUUCUGUAUAUAUUUAUAUGUUUUCUAUCGAUAACAUCAGUAUAAUACUCCCUUCGUUUUUCAAAGAAAUUUCAACAAGAAAUGUUCAUGGAAAUUUUAAAAAAUAGAAUCUUUUAUAUGAUGAAUAUACUAUUUUGUCGAUUAGUAUAUUUGAUAGAGAAAAAAAAAGGAUCUUAAACAUUAAAUUAGUGGAAAAAAAUGAAACCACAACUAAUAAAAAGGUAUUGUAACAAAGUAAGUAGAAAACAUGUGAAAUAAUAUAAAAAUGUUAAAACGAAUUUAAUGAAAAAUAUGUAGGAAAUAUAAAUAUUAUUAAAAUAUUUAAAUGAGUAUAUUUAAAGUUAAUUUUGCCUAUAAUAUGUGAUAUAAAUUGAUUUUUUUUUACACAAAUUUUAUUUUACGAACUUUUAGUUUAGGACUUUUUAUUUUGAGGCCAUCUCACUAUAAGCCUGGCUGGACUGAGUUUUUUUUUACGGGAAGAGUAAGUAUUUGAGAACUAUUAUCUACUACUAUAUUUGUUAGGAGAAUCUAUAUUACUUUGUGUCUUUGACCAAUCAACCUUACCCAAAUCCCAAAUCCCAAAUCCCAAAUCCCAAAUCCCAAAUGUGAGUAUUACUUGCUUGUUCAAUCUUCGCUCUUGAACAAUUGCACAUUUGCACUAAACCAAUUCCACAUAAAUCCAAAUACCAGCCGCCUGUUAAACAUUUCCUCAUUUCUCCGCCGCCAUUAAAACCCCUACAAAACCUUCAAAAACUCACCUAUGGCGACAUUGACAUCCUCAUAUCUUCCACCCACUAAAGCCACUAUCCCAAAAUCUAUUUCCCCUAAAACCCCAUUCACUACUCUCCUUUCAUUCUCCUCCACAAAACCGUCUUUUACUCGCUCUAUUUCCUCUAAAUCACCCACCAAAAAACCCAUCACCAUUACCCAAUGCUCAACAACCCCUCUUCAUCAUCGAUCAUCCUACAUCCCCAACAAAAUAUCCGACCCGAAUUACAUACGAAUUUUUGACACUACUCUUCGCGAUGGGGAGCAAUCGCCCGGAGCUUCAAUGACUCCAAAACAAAAGCUCGAGAUUGCGCGACAACUUGCGCGUCUUGGUGUGGAUAUAAUUGAAGCUGGGUUUCCGGCUGCUUCGAAUGCGGAUUUAGAGGCUGUUAAAACGAUAGCGAUGGAAGUGGGUAACGCUGUUGAUGAAGAUGGGUAUGUGCCUGUAAUUUGUGGGCUUUCGAGGUGUAAUAAAGGGGAUAUUGAUGCUGCUUGGGAAGCUGUUAAGUAUGCUAAAAGACCUAGAAUUCAUACAUUUAUUGCAACGAGUGAGAUUCAUAUGGAACAUAAGUUGAAUAAAACGAGGGAAGAAGUUGUUAAGAUUGCUACAAGUAUGGUUAGUUAUGCUAGGAGUUUAGGGUGUCAGGAUGUUGAAUUUAGUCCUGAGGAUGCUGGCAGAUCAGAUCGAGAGUUUCUGUACCAAAUUUUGGGGGAAGUUAUUAAGGCUGGAGCAACCACUCUAAAUAUUCCUGAUACCGUAGGUUAUACGGUCCCUAAUGAGUUUGGAAAACUGAUUGCUGAUAUAAAGGCAAAUACACCUGGAAUUGAGAAUGUGAUCAUAUCAACACAUUGCCAGAAUGAUCUUGGGCUUUCUACUGCAAAUACAGUAGCCGGAGCAUGUGCAGGUGCAAGACAAUUAGAGGUAACAAUAAAUGGAAUCGGUGAAAGAGCAGGAAAUGCAUCACUUGAGGAGGUUGUCAUGACCAUAAAAUGUCGUGGGCAAUCGCUGGGUGGUCUUUACACUGGAAUUCGAACAGAACACAUUGUAAAGGCCAGCAAGAUGGUGGCUGAGUAUUCAGGACUGCUUGUACAGCCUCAUAAGGCAAUAGUCGGAGCUAAUGCUUUUAAGCAUGAAAGUGGAAUUCACCAGCAUGGAAUGCUGAAACACAAAGGGACUUAUGAGAUCAUAUCUCCAGAAGACAUAGGGCUUCAACGUGCGGAUGAAUCAGGGCUAGUUCUUGGAAAACUUAGUGGACGGCAUGCGUUGCAAAAGAGACUUGAGCAGCUCGGAUACUUCUUUGAGGGCAAGGAACUCGAUGACAUUUUUUGGCGGUUCAAAUCAGUCGCUGAGAAGAAAAAGCAUGUCUUGGAUGAGGAUAUUGAAGCCUUAGUAGUUGAUGAGCUUUUUCAGCCAGACUCAAUUUGGUCACUUGGUGAUCUUCAGGUCACAUGUGGAACUUUGGGGCUUUCUACAGCAACUGUUAAGCUCAUUGAUGCUGACGGGAUGGAACAUGUUGCUUGUUCGGUUGGAACAGGACCAGUUGAUUCAGCUUAUAAAGCUGUUGAUAUGAUUGUGAAGGUGCCCGUGACUCUGCUUGAAUACUCGUUGACCGGAGUGACUGAGGGUAUAGAUGCCAUAGCCACCACUAGAGUGUUGAUACGUGGAGAAAAUGGGUUUUCAUCUACACAAGCAACUGGGGAGAAAAUUCGUCGAACAUUCAGUGGAAGUGGGUCUGAAAUGGAUAUUGUUGUAUCAAGCGUCCGAGCUUACAUUAGUGCACUAAAUAAGAUGCUAGCUUACAAGAGUAAACCUGAUCACAAAAUCCCAGAGAAUUCUCACGUUUCUGCCUCCGAUGCUGUUCCUGCUGUUAGCGCUUGAAUAGAGAAUUUCCGGAAUUGCUUUAUUUCUUUACAAAUGUAAGAUUAACCCUCCUGCUCAUUGAGUCUACGUUUUUUCAGAAUGGCGCCACCUCGACUUAAUGUUAUACAUUGUGAAUAUUGAACACGCGUUUGUGUUACAUGGAAGCAACCGUGUAGUGAUUUCUCGAGAAGGAAAGCAUAGGUUGUUCUCCUGUUUGCCUCCUUUGUAGUAUAAUGUUCCUCUCGUAUCGACCGUCUGUAACCAGUUUUUUGAGACAGUAUUCUGUAAUCUGUCUUAUGGCGAGGUGAUUUUAUGCCGAUUUGUGUCUUAAAAUAAUGAAAGUUCAUUCGCGGUAUUGAAUCGGAAGUAUCUUGUUUUCUACUUUACGAUGGCCGCUUUCACCCCAAGAAUAUAAUGUAAUGGCUUUCAAAGUAUAUUAAGAGUAGUUCAUUGUCACAA